UCGUGGAGAGCGGACUGUGCGCUGCUGCUCCUGCCAAACCCCCGCUCUCGGGCAGCUAUAUUCUACCAACAUAUGGCCAACACAGACACACACACAGAUAGACACGCACACCUGUAUAACUAGCGCGCGCGCAAAUCGUUGAAAUUAAAACAAAGCGAAUCUGAAAAUGCUUAAACGUCCACGUGAAGCGGUGCACAAAAUAACCAAGUAACGAAAUCGAUUCAAGCCAGUGAAAUUAAAGUAAAGUUAAUGUUUUUUUGGAAAAAAUCAAUGCCGUUAACCGACGCACACGGAUACACAUAAACGCACACGUGUGCCCCAAAAGCCAAAACACACCAAUACAACCAGACACACACUUACACACGCAAACAGAAGGCCUAGCAGAGUAAAAGUAACGGAAUUAGCAGCACAAUUUCGGUCAUAGUUUAGACAAAAACAAAAACAAUAAACCAAAAAGGAGGACUAUAAAAAGCAUGCAACAAAAAUAAGCGGCAACAGCAGCCGCCAACGCUGACGCUACCUGAGCAAGAUAAACACGCAAAACAAAGCGAACUGGGUCAGUGUGAAAGGAGGAGGAAGGAGAGAGGAGGAGGAAGGGCGUAAAGGAAAAGGGGCAGGAAAAGUGGCUAAAACGGUGCAUGUGCUGCAGCCAAAUAUGUAGCAUACUUAAUGGAGCAAAGGGUGCGACGCCAAAGCGGAAAUUAACUUUCGAGGUUCAAAGCGUUUUUGGCAAACAAUAGACCAUGGCGCUGGGCAACAUCAGCAGCAGCCGAAGCCAAAUCGGGCGAGGCCAUUACAGCAUUAAUCCCAGAACAGGGGCAACAUCAGCAGCAGCAACUUCGGAAGAAGCAGCAAUGGCAGCAAUAGCAACAGCAGCAGCAGCAGCAACAAAUCUAAUUACAGAACAACAAUAAGGUCAGGCCCUGGUGCCGCUGAUGAUGAUGAUGUUUGGAAACUUCCGUUUUGCUUGCCCGGGCGGAAAUGAGGCGCAAUAUGUCGUCCAGUCACUGGUUACCUUUCCAACUUUGUGAAUAGUGACCUCAAACGUAGAGAGCUGAAGGAAUCUCUCCACCCAGCACUUGUCUGGAAUUUAAUUAAAGCACAAAAAACACGAACCGGACUCCGGCGAGGGUCGAAACAAAAGAGCAGUGCCCCAAAGGCGGGGCGUGGCGGCGGUGACCCAUAAAUCUAGCCGCCCACCACCCAGCACCCAUGCUGCACGUUGCUGCAAUCGAGCUGGCCCACGUCCACUGGCCAAUUAGCUGCUGCAACAGCCGAGAGCGGCAAUCGUUUGGGCUCCAUUGAACGCGUACUCCUGCCUCUCUGAUGACUGCCGCCAAAAGACGUGCGGGCAGCAGCAGCAGCAAUAGCAGCGGCAGCAGCAGCAGCAGCAGCAGCAGCAGCAGCAAUGGCAACGAGCAGCAGUCCCUGCAGCAACAGCAGCAGCACGGCCAGCAGCAGCAGCAGCAGCAUCAGCAGCAUCAGCAGCAACAUCAGCAGGCCCAGCCACACGAGUACCAACAGUUGUUGCAACACCCGCACCAUCACCACCACCAACACUACAGCACCAACGGCAACAGCGGCAACAGCAACGGCAGCAAUCCACAGCAAUACCACCAGAGACAGCAGCAACACCAGGCGACAUUGCGCGAUUGCUCCGUCAAAUUGCCGCUGGAUAUCCUAUGGCUACCGAAAUCGGCGAUGCGACCGGCGGGUCCUGAUGCCUCGCCCACCGACUGCAUCCUGGUGGUGGGCGUAUCCCGUCCGAAACUGGCCGUCGUCUUCCUCACGGUCAUGUUGAUCUCGCUGUUCCUCACCUUCCAUGUCCUCUACGAUAGUGCCGUGUACAAUAUCCAAGCGGCACAGGCGGUCCACGAACGGCAUCGCCUCUCCUUGGCCGCCUCCGCCUCGUCAUUGGCCUCCUCCUCGUCGUCUAGUUCCGGCUUCUCCUCCUCCUCCACCGGCGCCGCUUCCCCCAAUCAUCUGCCCGUUUUCGUAAAGCCCAUACCCAGUUCCAAUCAGCUAAGCCAUCCCAUGGUAUUUCCCUCCAGUCGCGUGCACUUUCCCAAAACCAGCCGUCGACUGCCACAGGCGCUCAUCAUCGGCGUGCGAAAGUGUGGAACGCGGGCGCUGCUGGAGAUGCUCUACCUGCACCCACGGAUACAGAAGGCCGGAGGCGAGGUGCACUUCUUUGACCGGGACGAGAACUACCUGAAGGGCCUGGAAUGGUAUCGCAAGAAGAUGCCGCACUCGUUCCGGGGCCAGAUAACCAUCGAGAAGAGUCCCAGCUACUUUGUGUCGCCAGAGGUACCGGAACGAGUGCGGGCCAUGAACGCGAGCAUCAAGCUGCUGCUGAUUGUGCGGGAGCCAGUGACCCGGGCCAUUUCGGACUACACGCAGCUGCGUAGCCAUGCGGCCACCGCCAUCCUGCCGCUGGCCGAGAAGGACCCGCCCACACCCAGGGAGAGUUCCGGGGGAGGAGCAGGAGGGGCCACCGCCACCGCCACCGCCAACGCAGCUGCCAAGAUGCCGUCACAAUCGCAGCUGUAUGCCAAACUGCAGUCGGCCCGUGGCUAUGACAAUGCCCUCGUGGGUGGCAGUGGGGCGGGCGCCAAGGAAACCAAAGGAUCUUCUUCUUCGGCCAGAAGACAGCUGGCGGGAGGCGGAGGAGCUGCGAUGACCACGACGACACUGUCGCCAAUGGCAAGCGCCGCCCAAAUGGCUGCCAAGUCCUUUGAGGAGCUGGCCAUAUUUCCCAAUGGCACCGUUAACGAGGCUUAUCGACCGCUCAGCAUCUCCAUGUACCAUGUCCACCUGCACCGCUGGCUGGAGGUCUUUCCGCGGGAACAACUGCUGGUCGUCAACGGCGACCGCCUCAUCGAGGAUCCCGUUUCUCAACUGAAACGCAUCGAGGCCUUCUUGGGCAUCGAGCAUCGGGUGAACAGCGAGCACUUCUACUUCAACGAGACCAAGGGAUUCUACUGCCUGCGCUACGACAACGGCGAUCGCUGUUUGAGGGAGACCAAGGGUCGGAAGCAUCCCCAUGUGGAUCCCGUGGUGGUCUCCAGAUUGCGAAAGUUCUUCGCCGAGUACAAUCAACGCUUCUACGAGCUGGUGGGCGAGGACCUCGGCUGGCCGGAGGAAUAAGCCAGCACUUGGGCCGUUUGCCAAUAAAUCUGCCGUUGGUCAAUCGCUUGGCCCGCUGUGCAGCCAAUUUAAUUACUAGGAGGCAACCAUGGAAAAAAAGCUCAAAAAUCGCUGCGAAGUUAUCCCGCACCAUUUUCCGCUGCAUAUUUUUACGGGGGGGCGGUUGGCAGUAUUUCCGCAUGGCGGAGUAGAGCAGCUCUGACAGUUCAAUUAUGUGCGCGUAUUGAAAAAUUGCAUUCCUAUUUGCACAGCCCAGCCAAACCGCCCACAUACCAUCAUCCCAGAGCGCCACAUGCAAAUUUGCCUUUACACCAGCAAAGAACAAGCGGAAGAACAAGGAGCAAAAAACGAAAAAAAAAAAAGAAAAGGAAAUAUAGUAAAAUAAACUGCACGCAUUUCGGUGUGCAGCAGGCCAUGAAAAUGUGAGUGCAUCGUAUAUAUAUCGUAUAUAUGUGGCAUAUAUAUAGCGAAAUGAAAAGCAAUAUCUACAUGAUGUUCGAACUUCGAAGGUUACACGUUUUCUACGUCUGUUUGUGUUCUACAUGAUUGCUCUCUCUCUCCCUGUGUGUGGGUGAAUUCGAGUGUAUGAGAGCAUAAAAAUUAAUUAAGCAACUAAAUGUGAUUUUAUAGCAUGUAAGCAUAGGACAAAUUGAAAAUGAUUGCGAGUGGGUGGUCGUGGGCGUAUGAAGAGGGAGAGAGAGAAAUAGAACAUUGGGGGAGUAAAGGGGCAAUUAAAAAUGUAUUUAGACUUACAGUCGGCUGAAUUAAAUGUGUGCGUACAGAAACAUGAACAAAACUAAACAUAUCACAUUUAGCGUAGCAUAGAAUAGUAUAUACACAACAUAUCAGGGGUACUCGAGGUCCUCAAGCAACUUGAAUACUGAAUAUGAAUAUGAUUGAACUAAUGCAAUUCGUACGUUAUGUUACAUAUCGAAAGCUAAACCAACCAUGAAAUCGAAACAUAUCAGCUGCAUCGUCGGCAAAUAUACAAGAAAUAUAUAUACAAGCAUAUCUAUAUAUUAUAUACAAACGUAUCGUAGACCCUAAGUCGAGCAUCAAAUUUAUUGUAAAUGACUUUGAUUUUGACCUAGUUUGUAGUGUGCGAUGUGUCACGGAUUCGUCAUAGACAAACUUAUAGUUGAAUAUAGCAGUAUCCUAGGUUAAUAACGCACUGCCUAAACCAAAAGAAUAGUUAUGUCUGUUUAGAUAAUUAUACUGCACCCAAUUAGGUGAUAAGUUUAUCAAAGAUAGUUUUUAAUGCAUUUUUAAGACAGAUUAUUUUAUAUUCCUAAAGAGAGAAAACCAUAUCAAUUACGGCAACUCUACCUAAAGAUACACAUAAUAUAUAUAUACACUUAUCAGCUGUUUGGCUAACGUUUAAACAUUUCGUAUGCAUAUCAAACUCAAUGUGAAAAACUCAACUUAGGCUAACACUUUCCGGGACGAUCCAUCCAAUUUCGGUUUACAGCAACAUAAACACGUAUAUAUAGAGAUAUAUACCUCCCUCUUUGGUUCGUGUACCAGUUCUUAGGGAUCUUCAGCAAAGAACUCGACUAGCGCUUAAUCAAUUAACAACAGAAAAUAGACUAUGAAAAUGUAUUAAUCUGGUUUUUACAGUGUAUCUCCUUAUAUACAUCCUAUGCUGAUCCCUUAACGACAAUGGAACCACAAAAGGAAUGAAACUAACCAAGCAAUAUAAAUUCAAAGCAAGACUGAAGGUCCUCCGCAGAAUAUUUUAUUCUCCUUAUAUUUUGUCAAUCAGUGAUUUGUUUUGAAUUAUGUAAGCCAACCAAAAACAAAUAUAGUAGCAAAGACAACGAACAUUUCUAAUUUGUUUAUAUUUUUAUACAGAAGCGAAAAGUAAUUUAACCGAAAUCCAGAAACUAAAACCAAAAUGGAACCAAUUUCCGUUUUAAAAUAUAUUAAAGUAUUGAAAAACGAUAUCUUAAUAUACUCAAAGAGCAAUCUGUAGUCACAUUUUGUCCUUGAACUUGAACUACGCCAAUUGCAUACAAAAUACAUAUCAAAAGUUUAACUCAACUCUAGAUCCUCCAUUGAUAUAUAUAUAUUGAUAUUAUUGAUGUAUUGUCUACUUAAAUUGAACGUGCAAAACUCAACAACUAUAAUGUACCUUAAAAAUCAACUCUCUAUUUCUUUAACUUUAACAUAAACUUAAACUCUAACGAUAACUCAACUCUUGCAACUUAUUCAAACUUUCAAUGUACAUACAAAAAGUAUUAAAAAAUUAAAAAAAAAAAAUAAAUCAACUAAAAACGAAGAAAAAUCGUAUAGAAAUUCAACAAAUUGUAAGAAAAACGACAAGAAUCGACAUUUUAUGCUAUGAAAAAUUUUACGCAUGCAAUAAAUAAAUGUAAUUCGAAAAACUGAA